AGAAGUGGAUACAAAACAUUGAGGAGCUUGGACAGGAGAGGGCCGACAUGUCACCUCCUGAGGGAGUAACUCAAGAGGUGUGGAGUGACUGCAUCGCUUAUUGGAGCACAGACAAACAAAAGGCGAGAGCAGCGAAAAAUAAAGAAAGUCGGGGUAAGAUGAAAUUUCUAGGAGGCUGGGGCUCCAAGCCCAUUGUUUCACAUGUUGUCGAAGGGGCUAACCCCGACACAGGAGAACUGCCAACUGCGGUGGAAACUUUUCAAAAGUUUCACCAUAAAGGCAACGAUUGGCGCAACGAGUUCGCGCAACAAGCUUACGUAAGUUUACGUUUUAAUUCAAUUUUUAUUUAUUUCUUUCAAUUUAUUUUGUGUUAAA